ACUGCCCAGUUCCGGACUAGUCACGUGUCAAAACAAACGUGCUAGUGUUCUUGCUUCAAAGUUUGGUCCUCUGGGUCUGUGACAAGAAAAGCACCGACCUCACAAAUUAUUGUUCCAGUAUUCAGAUAUACUUCAAGGUUUUAACAUUUUACUUUAUUAAAGGCGUGCAGUAACUCUCUGUGUUGGUGUGGAUGUUGACAGUAGUGUCCCUCGUCGUCAGGACCAAUGGAGUGGAUAUCAUCGUUUUUUGACAUCAUUGUAUCUGCCACUGCUCUGCACUCCUCUUACACACUCUUUAAGCAUCACAGAGCUCCAUCAGUAGGGCUCUCCCUGCUUGGACUCUCUGCAGCAUUUUGCGUCUUGCAUCCCUCCAGCUUAUACCUCACCUCUAUCCAGAGAGAAGCAGAGUGGGCCAGCAAGGUCCUAGCUCCAGUACUGGUCUCCUUUGACUUCCUGUGGCUCAGUGAAGACCACAACACUGCACACAUUCUCCUGUGUGGCUCCUGUGCUCUGCUGGGACUGCGUGACUGGCUGUCAGCUGAUGCUCUUACCGUGAUGACAAGUUGCCUGGCAGAUCAGGUGACUGCACUGAGCAUGCUCGUCUGCAGCUGCAGCCUGUGGAUGAAGCAAAGUGGAAAGGAGGUGGAGAAGGAGGAGGAGAAAGGGGAGGAGAGAGAGAGAGCAGCGCAGAUAGAGAGGGAGUCACACAGGAGCUGCACACGGGCGCCCGGGAUGCUGUUGCAGCUCUGAGAACAAGGGCAGCAUGAGGAUAUCUGUCUUUUUCACACACGUAGACGGAGUAUGAAAGAGGAAUAGAGAUGGCUGGAGCCUUGGAUUGUUAUCAUAAAGGAGGAGACGAUAUGUGAUAAGGGACUCUUGGACGGCGUAGAGAUGUACGCCUUCUACUCCCUUUUAGUCUACAUCUUCUACACUGUCUUCAAGAAGGAGGAGGAUGAGGAGGAUGAGGCCUUGGAGGGGGCGUGUGGAGCUUCCUCAGAUGAGCCAGGACCUGUUUCCAUGGGAACAGGGAGCAGGAGAAGAAAUGGCCACACCCCCAAAGUGGGAAAAAAGGCUUCUGUUCAGCAUGGGGAAUCAAGCAGCAGCAGUGACAGUGAUGAAUUGUCUCUGAGUGAUGAAGAUGAGGGGCACAGCCCAGACCUCCCAGCAUGCACUCCCCUGGCUUCCUUUUUGUCCUUCAAGCAGGAUGCUGAGAAAAGGAGGGCCUCACAGGUUCAGCUGGAGACAACUGGAAAGCUAUCCGACUCUCCCCUGGUGGCAGUGAUGUCCCACUUGCUGACUUUUCUGGAGCAGUACUCCCACUUUCAGCAGCUGCAGCAGCAGGCCGACCAGUACCGCGUCCAACUGAAGAGGCACCGUGUCCAGCACAGGCGCCAGAUGAAGGCCUUGCGUGCGUCUUACCGCCAGCGCCUCAGGGACAAGAACAGCAUCAUCAGCAGCCUGGAGGAGGCCAUCAGCCAACAACAGACCCCGAGUCCGCUGAGCGAGGGUGAGCCCAGCAGUGAAGCAGGGGCUGGAGUUCACAAGCUGGUGGAGUCUCUGUACGGGCUGCAGGGGGAGAGGAGUCAGCUGAGAGGAGAACUACGGCUGCUGCAUUCACAGCUGGAGCAGCAGAACAAAGACAGACACUCACGCAUACAGGCCUUUCAACUGCAGAUCGAUGAGCUCAAGACUUGCAUAGAGGAGCGAGAAGAGGAGCUGACAAGACUGAGAACAGCCACUGGGGCCACAGACUCAGAGAAACGAGUACUGUGUCUGUCAGCAGAGAAUGAGAGUCUGAAGCAGAACCUGAGCGUGACCCAGGGCCUCCUUCAGCAGUUGUCAGCCAUCCCUUCCCAGUCCAGCAACAUGCUCAUCAAGGAGAACGAGAACCUCCGCUGCAGAGUGCAGCAGCUGGAGAUGUCUCUGCAACAGCGUGCUGAGCAGCUGUCACAGCUGGAGCGGCAGAGCGAACAGAGUGAGUGGAGGAGAGGAGAGGAGCUGAGGAAACGAGAGGACAGAGUGAGGGAGCUGCAGCUUGAGUUGGACAGAGAGAGAAGCAAGGAACCAGUGGUGAAGUAUGUGACCAAGACUGUGGAAGUGGAAUCACCUGCCACAUUAAAACAUCUCACCAAGGCCAGACAGAAGAAUGAACUGCUGUCUGAAAAGCUGUCCAAUCAGAAUGAGCGGUGCAAACAGCUGGAGGAGCAAAUCAGGAAGUCAGAUGAACAUAGCUGUAAUCUGCAGCACAAGAUUGCAGCAUAUGAAAGAGAGAUCAGCAAACUGAGAGAGGAGUUGCUGAAAGAGAUCGGCCACUUGGAGGAAAAGAAGGAGGAAGCUGUGAAGGCAGCUGCCAACUGCUCAGCCGAGCACUUUCAGGAUCUGCAAGAGCAAUUCUUUGGCCUACAGAAGCGUCUGACUGCACUUCCUCCAACUUUGCGCUCCAUGAAGACGGACUACACCAGCCUCAGGAGCCAGAUUCGUAACUUCUCAGAUUUUUACGGAUCAGCCAUCAAUGAAGCAAAAAAACAGAUCUCAGCAGUCAUCAGUGAGAUGUCUGAAGCCAACAAAGAUCUUCUGGAGAAAUACAGGAAGGAGGUUGCACUGCGCAGGAAGUACCAUGAGCAGCUGGUGGAGCUUAAAGGAAACAUCCGCGUCCUGUGUCGUGUGAAGCCUGUUCUGAAGGAGGACCAACGUGAGGAAGGCCAGUCUGUGGUGGUGACGACAGACCCCAACAACGAGUCCUCACUCAACAUACUGAACAAAGGAAAGGAUCGAAUCUUUGAACUGGACAAGGUCUUCCAGCCUCAGGCCACACAGGAAGAGGUCUUCCAGGAGAUCGAACCUCUGGUGACGUCUUGCAUCGAUGGCUACCAUGUCUGCAUAUUUGCCUAUGGACAGACUGGCUCUGGAAAAACAUACACAAUGGAGGGCAGUGUGGAGAACCCAGGCAUCAACAAGCGAGCCCUGAAACAACUCUUCAAUGUGAUUGAAGAGAGAAAGGACAUGUGGUCUUACAGUGUCACUGUCUGCUCUGUGGAAAUCUACAACGAGGUGCUAAGGGACCUGCUGAGUAAGGAUGGAGAGAAACUGGAUAUAAAGAUCAACCCAGACGGAACAGGACAGCUGCAUGUGCCUGGCCUCAGGGUCAUCGAGGUUAAGAGCUUCCAGCACAUCAAGAAGAUUUUAGCUCAAGCUAGAAGGAACAGGAUCACCUUUGGUACUCAGAUGAACCAGCAUAGCUCCCGCUCCCAUGCUCUGCUCUGUAUCACUGUUCAAGGAACCGACCUCGCCUCUGGGUCCAAAACCACUGGCAAGUUGAACCUGGUCGACCUGGCUGGCUCUGAGCGGGUCUGGAAGUCUGGUGCAGAGGGGGAGAGGUUGAAGGAGGCCCAAAAUAUCAACCGUUCCCUGUUGGCUCUGGGGGAUGUCAUUCAGGCAUUGAGAGCUCGGCAGACUCACAUCCCCUUCAGGAACUCACGUCUUACAUACUUACUACAAGACUCCCUGGGCAAAGGCAGCAAGACUGUCAUGGUGGUGCAGGUGUCUGCUCUGGAAAGUAACAUGGGAGAGACACUGUGCUCACUGAAGUUUGCCCAGAGGGUGUGCAAAGUGGAGCUGGGCCCUGCAGCCAGAAAAAUCGAAUCUGGUGGAGGACAGUGUGACUGAAUCAGCCCUUUCCUGAUUCCAGUGAUCCCCAUGAAACAGUGAAUGCACCUUUCAGAUUAUCACUCAAACCUCCAACCAAUCGUAAUGCUACAGUACUGAAAAGAACAGAAAUCCUGCUCAAGGGCUAAAUCUGUGGAGGAUGUGUGCUGACCUUUAUUUUACGUUAGGUAUUGAGGAAAUUGGCCUCCUCCUUGCCCUUUUCUGCUUCUGACAUCCCUUUAUCGUAAGAUGAUCUGCAUGCAGGAGGAUUUAUCCUUCCAUCCUGAGUGCCAAAACAACCUCUGACUCCAACUAAAUUUAGGAUUCAAUGCUCCCUUGACCUGCAUUAUCUCAUUUCCUUUUAUAAAAUACCAAAAUCCAGGAGUCUUCUUCUAAGCCUCUUGAGGCUUCUUCUUGCAGUAUUUACAAGCUUUCGUUCAGACGGGUUCAACAAUCUUCCAGACUCACAGAAACAACACUUGACUUUUUGCAGUAUUAAAUCAUAUCGCUUUUGAUGUCUGUAGUUUGUGAGCUUCAUCUCUAGUGUUGUACAUUUUUGAAGGUUGUAAUAUGUAAGAUAAUCUGUUUUGUAGAUCAAGUGUGGGCUAUUAAGAUUUCAAUGACACUUGAGUCACAGAUUAGUGUUUUUAUUUUAAGUGAGUUUCAGAAGAGCAGUGACCAGAUGCUUUUAGUUUCUCUCUAGAGCCUUGUUCAUUUGCCUUUUGGGGAAACAGGAAAGCUUUUGAACGGAUCAGGUGGCCUUUUGUGAGGAGCAGAGCGGUAAUAUAAUGAUAGUGCAAUAUCCUCUUAUCGAGGGAACAGUGUGGGCCUAUGUAGAUUGAAGAUGCACUUUAUUGUGAAAGAAGGGUUUAAGUUGAGGACAGGUGUUUAGGUGCUUGCAAUAGAUUUCACUUGUGAAUGUCAUAGCAAAUAAGCUCAUUGUUAUCUGUUCAUCAUUGUUCCUCUAUUUAUCACCCUAUGGAUCAGAAUUAUCUUUUGAUUCAAGUGUAGCAAGACAUUAAUGUUGCAGUAACUAAUAUAGUGGUCAGAGAGGAUGAUUAGACAGUGAAUUUACAAGUGAUUUUCGGAAUAAAUGUGACGUAUUUAACAA